AUGCCGCCUAUCACUUGCCGGACUUGUGGCGAUCAGCAUCUUACCAUGAACUGCCCCACCGUACAGCGCCAAGCGCCCAGUGACAGAGGAGCAGGUAGCAAGGGAAGCCAGAACAGCAGGAGCUCUGCAGCAGGUGGCAAGGGAGGGAAAGGAGGCAAGGGAGGCGGAAAGGCAGCUGGCAAGAACUUGGCUCUCAAGAGUUAUUACGAGAGUUAUUAUGAAAUAAAGUCUGCGGCUGAAGCGUCGGACAAGAAGUCCUUGUUAACGCAUGACUGCGCUCGCGGAGAAGAGUCCACGCGGGCUUUUUUGCGAAUCAGACCCUCAGCCUUGAACUGGAAAAGAAUUGGUUGGCUUUGCAUCAGAGCACGGAGGUCUGGAGAGAGAGACCCGCAACAGGAGGAGCGCGUUGUGGAGCUGAAGGAAGAAUGGAAGAAGCUCAGUGCCGUGAAGGGGGCGACAGGACCGGAGUUGCAGACCGCGCUGGAGCAGCUCUCAAAGCGAUUCUGUGUCCAGGGUGGAAAAUGGCUGUUCUUUCUUCCUGCGGAUGACAUGGAUCGCGUGUGGCCUGUGCUUGGCAUGGAGUUGCAGAAGGGAGAACUAGGACAAGCCCAUUUCAUGAAAGUUGGACCUGACUCCAGUACGGAUACAAAGUUCGUGUGUUGCGUGUACAUGGAGGAUUGCUUUGACCCAGAGCAGGUCGAACGCGUCCGCAGCAGUUUGCAAACUGUGCUGUCGAGCCUUGUAAACGGCCUGGAGCUGCGACUGAAGCCAGAUUCUUACACCUGCUGUGGAGUCUACAGGCACAACCCAUGGAACCUUCCCGUGACUUUGGCCUUGAGCAAAGUGCAAGGGUCAGCAGGUCCUCGGCAGCUCCAGCAACAUGACCAAUAUCAGCUGAAGGCCUUGGUAGAGGCAGCAGAGCUGGAUUCUUGGGAAGCUGUUCAAUCAAUGUUUGAAGAUCCGGGCGCGAGGGAGGCCAUGAUGGACUCGCUCCACGCCAUCGCCCUGCAGCCCAAUACUUCGGACUUCCCUGUAUUGAAGGUCUGCGCAGUGCUGCACAAGGCCAAACGUAUCAGCCCCCUGCUGGCGCGAAUCGGCAAGAUGAUCGACGGACUUGUCGAUUCCGACAAGGCAUCCACUGUGAGGUGCGGUUAUCGAAGCAUCGUGUUCUCCUACAGUGAGUUUACUCGCCAGCACCGGGCAAACUUUGACCUGUUGCGUCAGCUCUGUAAGCACCACAUGAUCCGCAGCACGAGGGUGGCUGAACGGCUUGACUACCUUCUUGAUACCUACGAUGCCCACCUCCCUCACCAUUCGACUUGGGCGUUUCUGCUGGAAAAUGCGAAGAACUUUUCCGUGAAAAUUGCCGAUACGCAUCCAGAGGUGAGCUCGCGGCUGCGUCAACGCGUGCAAAGGUGGCAUGCGUGUUCUGCGGUGCACAUCCGCAUCCUGAGCCUCAAUGUGUGGUUUGCUGAGGAGAAUCGCGAACAGCGUACAGCUAUCCUCUUGUCGGCUUUGCAGGCGCUUGGUCCUGUCAUUUGCUGCUUUCAGGAAGUCACCCCCAAAGUUGCUGUGGACAUCCAGCGCGCUCUUCCUACUUGGAAUUCGUCGGACCCGGGGGACGGGUCCUCCAUCAAGAAAUACGGCGUGAUGAUCCUAGCUCCCCCAUUUCUGUUCGCGAACUUCUCCCGGCACCCUUUGCCGACGAAGAUGGGGCGCGAACUGCUGGUGGCGGAGUUCAUGGGCCUAACCGUGGGCACAGUCCACUUGGAGUCCAUGGACAACCCGGCAACGCGAGAGAAGCAGCUCGAGGUCUGUGGGCAAGUGAUGCGACAGUGGCCCAACAUGAUCUUGGCGGGGGAUUUUAAUUUCAUCGACAGCAACGCCGUGACACGCAAGUGCGUGGGUCGCACGAUUCCCGAUUUCCAGGACUUGUGGACGACAUUGCGGGAGGAGCCUGGCAACACCUGGCGCUCGCACGGGAAGAACCGCUGUAGACAACGGCUCGACCGGGUCAUGGCGAGAUUGACGCAGUGGCGGCCAACGGGCAUAGAGCUGAUGUUUGACCAGCCCCAGCACUAUUUGCUGGAUGUUCUGCCCUCCAUGUGCAGCAACUGCGUUUACCUGAACGUCGACGGGGGCAACGGCGGUGACCCCAUCUAUGUUAGCGACCACUUGGGAUUGCUUGUUACCAUUGAGCAAAAGCCAACCGAGUCUCGUGGCCCCUCAGAGCCCGUGAGCGCUGCUGGUGCCAGUUCCGAGGACCCUUGGGGUCCCGGCGGCGAUCCGUGGAGCGAGGUUGUAAGGACGGCGCAGCCCCGCAGGCAGCCCAGACAGGAGGAUCAGAAUGUCUGGCAUAGGUACACGGGUUUACAGGCGGCCGAGGUGCCAGAUUCCGAGGCUGACUCUGAGGAGCCUCAGCUGUCGGUUGCAGAGGAUGAUCCGGCCCAGUGGAGUGUUGUCAAGAAACGCAGACUGAACUGA